AUGUAUUCUUCUCCAUCAUCAUCAUCAAAACAAGAAGAAGAAGAAUUAUUAUCUUCUCAUGAAAAAUAUUAUUUUGGUCCAAGUCGUUUAUUAACUAAACGAAUUUAUCUUAAAUCAAAUGAUAGUACAUUAGAUUUUACAAUAACAGGUGGAAAUAAUCUUCAACCUAUUCAAGUCGCUUCUGUUGUUUGGAAUUCUCAAGUUUAUUUACAAGGAAUGAGACCUGAAGAUCAAAUUAUUUCUGUUAAUGGAAUAUCAUUUCAACAAAAUAUUAAUUAUACACAAGCUCUUCAAAUCUUAUAUUCAACAAAUGAACUUGAUAUUAUUAUUCGUACACUUCGUAUAAAUGCUCUUGAUGCAACAUUAUAUGAUUGGUAUGAUCCAAUUCAACAACGUUCAACAUCUCCACCACAAGGAACUUAUCUUUCAAUUGAUGCUCAAUUACCCUAUUUUGAAAGAACAGUAACAGUUUCAGUCGAAAAAGAUAAACGUCUUGGUUUAGUUAUACGUGGUGGUGCUGAAUAUGAUCUUGGAAUAUUUAUAUCAGGGGUUGAUAAAGGUUCUCUUAGUGAUGAAUCGGGUCUUUCAGUAGGUGAGCAAGUAG